AUGACGAGUCGCAGCUUCGGCACCUCCAACGCGAGCGGCUUUCAGAGGAGCGACGCCUCGCGUCCGUCCCUGGCAACCUCGGGGAGCGCCGUCAAGAACCGCCAGCUGACGCACCUCCACGCGCAGCUCGCGCAGCUUUCCGCCAACUUGGCUGACACGGACAACCUCGUGCGCAUGACGAGCGUGCAGGCGGAGAGCAUGCGGGGGCUCGGCAGCUGGCAUGGCGGCCUGUUCAUGGCGGCGAGCAAGGUGCUCGGGGAGGAGGCGAUCAAUCGGGAGCAGGGAGGUCAGCAACGAUGAUCCGUUUUUCUUCUUCGUUUGAUUUUCUUGGGCGGUUGCUCGUGUUGGAAGCGGAGCUGGGGGAUGACGCGGCUUGUACUAUGAAUUAUGAAUUUGGGUCACGAGAGAUGGAUGACGGCCCUAUGGGCAGCGUAGAUGGUUCUUCUUUCAUGAGAAAUGGGUAUCAUUGUAAUGGCUAUGGUUCUC